GCCUUGGAAAUGUUUGCCAUAGCUACUAAAAACUUCGUGGAGAAUGUGGACAGUGGAGGCUUUCUGAUCUCAGUGUCCAGCCUGAAUGAUGAUAUUAAUCUUCUGACUGUGGUGGUGAAACGGAAACGUUUCUGGUUCUGGCAGAAGCCCAAGUAUCUCCCAGCUGAUUUUAUCCUCAGUGACAUACUGACAGGAGACACACCUUUAGAGCCAGUUGUGGUGGAAAAAGACUUCCUCAAAUACCAAGGGACGUUUGGUGACAGCAUUCAGGGAACUGUGGAUGCCAGUUUUAUAAAAACCAGUGUCAGCCUGGAGGGUAAGGACACCACCAAACUUCAGUCAUCCUUUGGCAGUUUGAAAAAAGAGGAAGUGGACGUGCAGAAGCUGCUGCACGACUGCAAAGACAGAGUUCUGGACAUGUCUCAUUCUCUAAUCCAGCAGACGAAAGAGAAGCACAGGCAGGUGUUUGGGAUUGUGAAGGAGCGUAUCGUGACCACUCAGCCGUGUUCGGUCAUAGAGGAGGUGCAGCAGGGGGGGCAGUGUGGAGGGACUUUGAGCUCCUGUGGUCCAAAGACCUCCAAGAUUUCACUGAAGGAAAAUGGAAGCUUGAAUAUAGACAGCAACAUUACAAUGGAGAUUCCUAUCAACUCUACAAUAGCCUAUGGCCUCCUAGAGCUAGAGGUCAGACAGAACGGACACUUUGAGCUGUGUCUGAUGUCGGACACCAACGGAGGUUUUGAGGACGUGGACAGCCCUUUGGAGAAGACAGAACUGCUGGGUGUCUCAGGUGCUCCUGUGAAACAUACACUUCAACAAGAGCUGGAGCAACUAAAGGACCAUUUCCAGCUGCUUUCAGCUCUUCCUGCAUCCACCAGGUCCUCUCUGCUUCAGCAAAUCUCCAAACAUAUGCAGGACCCUGCAGCCAUCGGUGCUCUUCAGAUUGUUCUGGACCAGAUGUAUCUGGGUAAGAAACCUGGCCUGGGUGAUAUUGGACUGACGGAGUCUCAACAACAGAAAAUUCAAGAAACUCUCAGUCUGCUGGAGCAUUCUGGUCAAGCGGAGUCGAUUCAGACAACACCAUUCCUCACAGCACUGCAUCUCAUUAUCAGUGCCCUGGAUGAAAUGACAGAGGAUUGUCUUGCUGUCGUGAGAAGCUGCAGCCUCCCUCCAACCUUACAAACCCUGGAGCGACUGGUGCAGUGUGUGUCAGGAGCUGGAGAGAUGCCUUUGAGCAGCGUUGAUCUGACACAAGACCUUUAUGAAAUGACUGAACAUCUGUUUGCAUCCUUUAACGUGCACCUAAAGAGAGACAGCGACGUGGUGCGAACAGAAAUUGGGCACCAGCCAGGAAGUCGACCUCUGGUUCUAUGUGUCGCUAUCAGAGGUCUCGCCUCACUGGCCCCCACUUGUUAA